UUUUCAAGAAUUAAAAAAAAAAAUUCAUCCACCUUUUAUCAUUAUUAUUAGUUUUAAAAUUCUUCUGGAUAGGGAUCAUGCUACAAAUAUGGACCAAGACAAGCAUUCAGACCUUUUCAAAUCAAAGUUAUGAAUAUAUCAAAGGUUUUUCUGAAGUUGGGGUAGAAGAUUGAAAUCUAAAGAUGAUUUAAACAAAAUUGAAGAGAAAAUACUUUGUCAACUUAAUAGUUCCUUUUUUCCCCCCCUAAUAAAGAAGAAAUGGGCUUAAGAUGUGUUUUAGAAUAUUGCUCAUUAACUGUGUUGAGGUAAACAAGUUAGGGGGUUGGCUUUUAGCUGCUGUUGUAAACAAAGCUGUUAAGGGUAACUUUCUCCCUCUCCAGUCUCUUUUCUCCAUGUUCUGUUCAUUUUCCUCUUUACCUUCCUAUUGCUUUAUUUUUUUCUCUCUUCCUCUGUCCCCUUCCCCCUCCUGCUCUUCCUUUCUCUGCCUGUGCAACCACGUGCUUCAAAUCUGUGGAUCUGGGCUGCCUUCUCCAACAGUUCACUGUGAGUGUGAGCAGAAUGAAAACCAGAUGGACCAGCAGUUCCCACUCUUAUCUCCCAGCAGACUCUGGCAAGCCUCUCUUCAUCCCUCCUUCCUUGGCAUGACAGAAAUAUUUGCCUUCAUUUAGGGAGACUUGUAUUUGCUCCUGUACCUCUUCCCUCAGCUGCAACAUAAGCGGAAAGCUAUUUAUUCCCUUGUUGUUGAGGUUGGUUUAGAUCGUACUGAGAAGCACUCCACAAUGCCAGACUCACCUGUGGAUGUGAAGACGCAAUCUAGGCUGACUCCUCCAACGAUGCCACCGCCCCCAACUACUCAAGGAGCUCCAAGAACCAGUUCAUUUACACCCACAACGUUAACUAAUGGCACGAGCCAUUCACCUACAGCCUUGAAUGGCGCCCCCUCGCCACCCAAUGGCUUUAGCAACGGGCCUUCCUCUUCUUCCUCCUCUUCUCUGGCUAAUCAACAGCUGCCCCCAGCCUGUGGCGCUAGGCAACUGAGUAAGCUGAAACGGUUCCUUACUACCCUGCAGCAGUUUGGCAAUGACAUUUCACCAGAGAUAGGAGAGAGAGUCCGCACCCUUGUACUGGGACUGGUGAACUCUACUUUGACAAUUGAAGAAUUUCAUUCCAAACUGCAAGAAGCUACUAACUUCCCACUGCGACCUUUUGUCAUCCCAUUUUUGAAGGCCAACUUACCCCUGCUGCAGCGUGAGCUUCUCCACUGUGCAAGACUGGCCAAACAGAACCCUGCCCAGUACCUCGCCCAGCAUGAACAGCUGCUUCUGGAUGCCAGCACCACCUCACCUGUUGACUCCUCAGAGCUGCUUCUCGAUGUGAACGAAAACGGGAAGAGGCGAACUCCAGACAGAACCAAAGAAAAUGGCUUUGACAGAGAGCCUUUGCACUCAGAACAUCCAAGCAAGCGACCAUGCACUAUUAGCCCAGGCCAGCGGUACAGUCCAAAUAAUGGCUUAUCCUACCAGCCCAACGGCCUGCCUCACCCUACCCCACCUCCACCUCAGCAUUACCGUUUGGAUGAUAUGGCCAUUGCCCACCACUACAGGGACUCUUAUCGACACCCCAGCCACAGGGACCUCAGGGACAGAAACAGACCUAUGGGGUUGCAUGGCACACGUCAAGAAGAAAUGAUCGAUCACAGACUGACAGACAGAGAAUGGGCAGAAGAAUGGAAACAUCUUGACCAUCUGUUAAAUUGCAUAAUGGACAUGGUAGAAAAAACCCGGCGGUCUCUCACUGUACUAAGGCGGUGUCAGGAGGCAGACCGUGAGGAACUGAAUUACUGGAUCCGGCGGUACAGUGAUGCAGAGGACUUGAAAAAGGGCGGCAGCAGUAGCAGCAGCCACUCCAGGCAGCAGAGUCCCGUCAACCCAGACCCCGUUGCAUUAGACGCGCAUCGGGAAUUCCUUCACAGGCCUGCUUCUGGAUACGUGCCAGAGGAGAUCUGGAAGAAAGCUGAGGAGGCUGUCAAUGAGGUGAAGCGCCAGGCGAUGACCGAGCUCCAGAAGGCCGUGUCCGAGGCGGAGCGGAAAGCCCACGACAUGAUCACGACAGAGCGAGCCAAGAUGGAGCGCACGGUCGCCGAGGCCAAGCGGCAGGCGGCGGAAGACGCGCUCGCGGUUAUCAACCAGCAGGAGGAUUCAAGCGAGAGUUGCUGGAAUUGUGGCCGUAAAGCGAGUGAAACCUGCAGCGGCUGUAACACGGCCCGAUACUGUGGCUCAUUUUGCCAGCACAAAGACUGGGAGAAGCACCACCACAUCUGUGGACAGACCCUGCAGGCCCAGCAGCAGGGAGACACGCCCGCUGUCAGCUCCUCCGUCACACCCAACAGUGGGGCCGGGAGCCCAAUGGACACACCACCAGCAGCCACUCCGAGGUCAACCACCCCGGGGACCCCUUCCACCAUAGAGACAACCCCUCGCUAGACGUGAACUCAGAACUGUCAGAGGAAAGACGACAAAACCAACACAAAACCAGUUCCUCAUCCUCAGAUGCUCAAAGUUGUUUUUUUUGUUUGUUUGUUUAUAGAUGAACUAUCAUAUUUCAGUACUUCAGCAAGAGAGGACUUACUGUAUCUUGAGGUGGUAGUAAAAUACAGAGGGCCAGUAACGGGUCGUAAUGACUUAUUGUGGAUAACAAAGAUUGCUUUAGAGAACUGAAAAGAGAGCAGAGAAUAUAACAUGAAAUGAUA